UUGCUAUUUGCUUUCGAGCCUUAGCGUACCCUAAUUUCCCCCGCAAAUUUCACAGCUAGUCACCCAUUUCUGGCAAUUGGGUGCUCAGCAGCUUUUUUUUCCCAUGGCGGCUGAAAUCCCUCUCACGGCACCGGAUCUCAAAGGCCCCGACGGCCAUCGUAGUCCCAUCUCGAGCUGCGACGGUGACGGCCCUGGUUCUUCCGUGGAGAAUGCUGGAAAGAUCAAAACCCGGCUUUCGUCGUUGACCGUCUCGGCUACUUCCCGGAGCAAGGAAAACACGAAUUCAGCUGUGCAGGAUGGGAUCUGCAAAUGGAUGCUUAGAUCUGGGCAGAAUAAGAUGAUAAAUCAGCUGAUUGAGAACGGCGGCCCGAGGCGCUCGCCCAGAACGACGGCGACGUUGCCAGAACCGUCCUCUGAGAAGAAGAGGUCAAGUACAUCGGCUGAUCUGCCGUCUUCUAAGAGUUUAAAUUUACGUUCAGGCUCCAAGUCGAAGAAAUAUUCUUCUUUGAGUGUAAAGCAGCUGGAGGAUGUUAAUGGAUCCACAUUCUUCGUUGGUGAACCUGUGCCCGAUGAGGAAGCUAGGCAGAGGUGGCCUCAUCAUUAUGUGCGCCAGGGUGCAAAACGCAUUAGUUGGAACAGUACUGACAUUUUUGAUGAUGAAGAUGAAGUCAUCUUAAAUGUCAAAUGCCAUUAUUUGCAAGCUAAUGUAGCUGGUUUUAUCUUGAAUCUUGGAGAUUGUGCUCAUGUGAAGGCUGAAAAGGGAAGACCAGAUUAUGUUGGAAGGAUUUUAGAGUUUUUUAAAACAACGAAAGGCGAAAACUACUUCACUGUACAAUGGUUUUUCCGAGCUGACGAUACUGUUAUGAAGGAUCAGUCAGAAUCCCAUGAUAAAAAGAGAUUAUUCUACUCCAACUUGAAGAAUGAUAAUCUUUUAAAUUGUCUUGUUUCAAAAGUAAAGGUUGCACAGGUUGCUCCAAGUGUGGAGCUAAAGCCUAGAUCUGCUCCAUCCUUCUACUUCUAUUACGACAUGAAAUACUCUGUGGACUAUUCUACUUUUCAAACCAUUGAUUCAAGUGAGUCAGGGGAAAUGAGUGAUUUUUCCUCAAACUGCUUAGGAGCCGAUCCUUUCGGUGGUAUUCAGAUGAAUCGUUCGAAGAAACCAACUUUUAGUAAUUUUAAGUCCAGAAAAGCAGAGCUAUCUCUAUUAGAUCUAUAUUCGGGUUGUGGGGGAAUGUCAACUGGUCUUUGUCUUGGAGCAAAGGUUGCUGGUGUAAUGCUUGUGACGAAAUGGGCGGUUGAUUUUAAUGAAGCUGCAUGCCAAAGUCUAAAGUUAAAUCAUCCAGAAGUUCAGGUUAGGAAUGAGAAGGUUGAUGAUUUUUUAGCCCUAUUGAAGGAGUGGAGUAACCUUUGCGAACAAUAUGCUAGCUGUACCAGUAAAAGUUGCAAGGUGAAUUCAACGAAUCUAAAAUUGAAUGAACCCACUCUCAAAACCUGCAAUGCAACAUCCACCAAAGAAUAUGAAGUGUUAAAAAUUGUGGAUAUCUGUUAUGGUGACCCUCACAAAUCAGGAAAGCAUGGAUUGAAAUUUAAGGUUCGCUGGAAGGGUUAUGAUUCUAGUGACGACACGUGGGAACCACUCGAAAAUUUGAGCAACUGCAAAGACCGAGUUAAAGAUUUUAUUAGAGAAGGUUACUCGUCAAAGUUGCUACCACUCCCUGGUGAUGUAGAUGUUAUAUGUGGAGGUCCACCUUGUCAAGGUAUUAGCGGCUUCAAUCGGUUUAGAAAUUUUGAUGCACCAUUAGAUGAUGAACGAAACCACCAAAUUGCUGUCUUCAUGGAUACCGUGCAAUUUUUGAAGCCUAAAUAUGUUUUGAUGGAAAAUGUCGUUGAUAUACUGAAGUUUGCCAAGGCUACACUUGGUAGGUAUGCCUUGAGUCGUUUGAUUGAGAUGAAUUAUCAAGCAAGAUUAGGCAUCAUGGCUGCAAGUUGCUACGGUCUUCCCCAAUUUCGCUUGCGUGUCUUUUUAUGGGGGUGUCAUCCUAAUGAGAAAUUACCCCAGUUCCCACUUCCUAGUCAUGAAGCUAUUACAAAGGGUGGUGCCCCUGUUGAAUUUGAGCGUAACCUUGUUGGAUAUGAUGAAGGCAAACCACGGAUGUUAGAAAAAGCACUUGUUCUUGAGGAUAUUCUGUCCGAUCUUCCACCAAUCACAAACACUGAAGAACGUGAGGAAAUGCCCUAUAUGAAGGAUCCUCAAACAGAUUUUCAGAGAUUUAUUCGUCGGCCGAAAUUUCAGCAUUUGGGAUCAGUAACCACCACUAAUCCUAUGCUGUAUGACCAUCGACCUCUACGAUUGGGGGAGGAUGACUACUUACGCGUAUGUCAAAUUCCACAUAGAAAGGGAGCAAACUUUAGGGAUCUCCCGGGUGUUAUUGUUGGUGCAGACAAUAAAGCACAACUUGACCCAUCCAUAGACCGAAAACUACUUCCAUCUGGGAGACCAUUGGUACCAAAUUAUGCUAUCAACUAUUCGAAUGGAAAGUCAUUAAGAUCUUUUGCUCGAUUGUGGUGGGAUGAUGCAGUGUCAACUGUGUUAACAGUUCCUGACAGCCAUUGCCAGAUUGUGCUACAUCCUGAGCAAGACAGAGUUCUAACUAUUCGAGAGACUGCAAGGUUGCAAGGAUUUCCAGAUUAUUAUAGAUUUUGCGGGUCCGUUAGAGAACGAUACCGCCAGAUUGGUAAUGCUGUUGCUGUUCCUGUAGCCCGAGUAUUGGGCUAUACUUUGGGUUUGGCAUGGAUGAAACAAAGCGGAGAUGGGCACCUUAUGACACUCCCACCAAAGUUUGCCUUUUCCGACACAGUAGAGCAGCCUUCGAGUUCUUCUUCUGGAAUUCAACAAUGAUCCUCUUAACCUGACAUUUCAUUCUAACGUGAAACGGCCUUAAAUCCAUUAUUAAUUUAGUGGGUUAAUUGUUGAGCUGACCAUUGAUCAAUCUUCUUCUAAUCUAUUCCGAUAAAAGAAAACUAUCAGAAUUUUUUUUUUCCUUUUGAUUCUCCACUCCUUGCUUGAUUCUUUAGGCCACUUAAAAGAAAUCUGCUUCAAGUUUUCCUGACAUUUCUUGUCCAUUGCCUCAUUCUUCGAUUCUUCUCCAAUAAGCCUCCAACAUGAUUAUAUAUUUUCCACUUACCGAUUGCAGCAUAACUUCUUCAGCAUUCAACUGUUCCAGAUUUUAAUCUGCUAUUAUCUGCAGCACUAUCAAUGGUUCAAUGGUUCGUAGGUUAUAAGAUGUAGCGCCAAAAUUCCUCUCUUUUUUGGACUGGAUUUUGUUGUCAUUGCAAUGAAAUAUUUUCUUAAUGUCGUAGAUUCAGAGGAGAUAGUCUUUACUUAUGUUAUAUUCUUAAUCUGGUAGCUCAGUUGUAGUGAGUUGUCUGUAUGAUUUCAAGCCAGGCCUUGAACAGAUGGCUGAUUGUGCUUCAAUAAUGAGAUUGAUGACAGAA